UUAUUCUACUUAUGAUUUUAAAAUGCAUGUCGGGAUUUUUUUGCGAGUAUGUUUCAAAAAAGAACUGUUUGGAACUUAAAUUUUUAUAUUUUGCUCGAAAUAAAAUAAGAAACUAAUGGGCAACAAAAGAAAGCGAGAUAAAUUAACAGAAGAAGAGACCUAUCAGGAAGGAAAAUCGGAAAUAUUAUUUGAAGAAACCCUCACAAUUUUGGCACAUAAGAGUAAAAAAUGCAACACACGCUCACCUUCAACCGAUCGUGAGUCAAAAGAAAAUUAUUCAGUUGAUGUAAAUCGCAAAAUAAUCCGACAUCAUCCUGAUUGUGAGAACUUGCACAUUUUCCAUGUGAACUUGAUUUCAGAGUUCGCUUCAAAACCUGUUUAUUCAGGACCUGUGCCAUGUCUUACACCUGUGCGUCAAACCCGGACUGAGCCAUCUAAAACACUUCCAUAUUCCAAAAGACUGAUGCGUGUGUGGGCCCAAGAGACUUACUUUGACCUCGGUGAAAUAGAUGCCUACAGAGAUGAUACAUUUUGUUACAAACUAUCAAUUGAAGAAGUUCAUCUACCUUCCCGUUGCCUUCAACAUCAAACUCAGAUGAAUGAAGUUUUGCGCCUUGCUUUAGUUAAAUGGAUCACAGAUGUUCACCACAGACUCUAUUUAUGUCAAGAGACUCUUUUCAAAACUGUCAAUAUAAUUGACCGCUUUUUUUCUCUUGUGGACGUUCAUACAGAAAGUUUGCAGAUGCUUGCACUUGCAUCUUUAUUGAUAGCUUCAAAAUACGAAGAAGUAAUCCCGCCAGAUAUCGAUGAACUACUUGAGGAAAUAAAUGUGAAGAAAAAUUAUCGCAUUUUAUUGAAAAAAUUUGAGCGCUUCAUUUUGAAAGCUAUUUCUUUUAACCUUUCCCAUCCAACUUCACUAUACUUUCUGGAAUAUUAUGCUGAUGUUUGUAUUCGGAAUGCUGAUUUGAGUUGUAUAGAAGCUUUAAAAAAUUCCUUAGCUACAUGCCGCUUGGUACUAGAACUUUCUCUCCAAGAUUACCAAUUGUCACAGAUAAAACCAUCAUUAUUGAGCAUAUGCCUAUGGCUACAGAACAUUUCCAAUUCGAAGGAAAUUUCUGGAUUCUUCGUUCCAAAUGAAUAUUACAGUUCAUCUGCUUUUAAUGACUGCUUCAAUAAAGUGAGCUGGUUGAUUUCGAACCUUCGACGGCGUUAUCCUGAUUUAGAUACCAUAAGUAAAUGGUAUAAAUCUUAACUGAUAAACAAAUAUACAUAAGUUUGUUAGUUUGAAUUUGUUCUUAAAAAAAAACAGUUCAUAGAAAAUAUCUAUUAGGUACGUCAGUUGAUAUUUAUUUUUCUGAAACUUAGACUUUUAGUUUACCAUUUCAUCUACUUUUUGAAAUAUAUUGUAGAGAAUAAAAAAUGUUUUUUCUUAACUAAACAAACAGCAGAAAUCACUGUAUUUUUAUAUAUCUACAUUCUACUUGAAAGUAUUGUCAUAGACCAUAUUUAUAUAGAUAUAAAAUGUUAUAAAUGUUUUGUUUACAUAA